AUGAAUAGGAACAGGUUUCCGAAGGUCCAUAUUGCUGGUCAGAUCGGCGACGGGUACUCGAACCCGAUGGCCCAACUUUUGGGGACCAAGUCCUCGGACCCGAGAGCCGAUUUGUUUGAUUUGGUUGGAGCCAGGAUCGCCCAAACGUCAUAUUCACAGAAACAUUGUGUAAGUGGAUGGUCCCACUCGAUCUUGACUUUCUAUCAUCGUUACAGGUGACAAACGAAGAGAUGAACCGUCGAGUGAACGGUCCCGAACGGUUGAACAGCUCCUCGAUGGCGUGUAAUCUGAAGCGGCCAAAACUUCGGAACGGAGGAGAACUUAUGAGGCGACAGAUGGAGACGGUCGGCGUGAAAGUAUCGAUCAACCAGCGCCAGAAAGCGAUGCCCAAUAAACUGAUUGGAAUGUGCGAGUCGGAGGUGAACCAGCUGGUCGGGGAGCUCGGGGAACUACUCGACGAAUCCUACCCGACCGACUUGAUCGCCAGGGAGACGAUCCAAGAGGCGCCGCACUUCAACGCAAGAACCGCCGCAGAUCUUUUGUAAGUAGCCUUGUCCCAGUGGAUCUUAUGAAACCACCACCAUCUUUCAGGGAAUGCGUGAACGUCUUCACUUCGGUCCUCAACGAGACGGUCCCGCCGAUCACUGGACUCAUGCCGAAAGCGUCGACGGACCGCGAGCUCAACCACGGACUCGAGGAGUUUUCGGCGGCGACGCACGGAUUCGGAAUGACCGCGACGGUCCUGUACGCUCAGCAGAUGGAGCGGAUCGCGACGGCGAUGAUCGACGAGUGCGAGGUGAAGAAGGAGAAUACGAGUCCCUGGACCGGCAACUAA